GGAUAGGGAUUUCUGAAUUUAGAGAAUAACAACAUGGGUUGUGGGGAGAGUAGUGUGUAUGCAUACCUUACUCUUGCCUUGUGCAGGUGGAGAGACUGUUUCAGAAGGACGCUCAAGCUGAAUUUAAAGAAUGAAAUUUAAAAUAAGUAAAGGGAAACAAUCCCUGGUUCGACCACUGUGUGUAGUAAUUUCUUGUACUUAUUUGUUGAUGUCUGAACAAGAUGGCUAAUCCAAAUAAUGUUGAGCUGGAGGCAGCAAAGCUUCUGCAUAAGCUUAUCCAAGAGUCUAAAGACGAGCCGACAAAAUUGGCUACAAAGCUUUAUGAGAUUUUACGACAUAUGAGAUCCCACGGGAAGGGAAACUCAAUCCCCUUUAAAGUAGUAGCAAGAGCUGUGGAGACUCUUGUCAAGCAACAUAGUCUGGAUAUUGAAGCUUUAGCAUCAUCACAUCUUCCUAUGACCGUGGGAGCACAAGUAGGAGAAGUUGCAACGUCACAAGUAGCUGGUUCUUUACAGAGGGUUGAGGUCACAAGAGACAUGACAGUAAAUUUUCUGGGAAAUGAGAACACGACAGUAAAUUUUCUGGGAAAUGAGAUGGUUAAAGCAGAUGUAUACGCUUCUAACAGUGCAGUUAGUGGUUCAAGUGGCAGCGGACAUGGUAUUUAUCGAGUAUCUGGAACCCAUAUAAGUGGUCAUCCUCGAUCAGCUACAGAGGCUACACAGGAUAAAGGAGAUGCAAUGCAACCUGGUAUCCUAUUUGACAUGUUCAAUUCUUUUGAAAUAGGCCAAUAUCAACCAGCCGCAGUGGCUACACUGGAUAAUGGAGAUACAAUGCAAUUUGAUGCAUUUUUUGACAUGCAAGACUUUUUUGAGUUUGGCCAACCUCUAUCAGCUACAAAGGAUAAAGGAGAUGCAAAUCUUGUAGACUCGAAUCAAACAACUACAACCAGUAUUGCUGAUAACAGAAGACAUUCUCCUAAUUUAGACGAUGAUGUUGCUAGAUCUCUACCCGGAUUGGAAUUGGGGAUAGGGACACAGAUUGUGCAGCUAGGUUCAGAACAUCAUCAAGUGGAUGAUGUAGAAGUUGAUGCGAGGGACCUCCAAAGGAAUGUAGUGCAUGCUGAUUUGGAGAAGCAAAACAAGACGAAGAGGAUAAAAAGAGAAUACGGAAUUACUCUGGAGGUUCUAAAGCAACAUUUUGGGAAGAAGCUUACUGAUGCUGCUAACAGCUUAGGGGUUGCACGAACUACAUUGAAGCGCAUAUGUAGAGACUAUGAGAUUUACCGGUGGCCACGUGUUAAAUCAAGAAAGCAUAAUUGCUCCCUCUCUCAAGCGGAGUUACUACAAGUUGUUGAUAGACAACCUUCAGAUUCUGGUCCUAGACACCAACAAUAUGUUGAUUUUUCUCCUGGAAGUGGCCCAAAAUCCGCAACAAAUUCGAAGGAAUUGCAUGUUACCAUGCAAAGUGAGAAUUUCAUAAGCGUUAAGGUAACUUAUGGAAAUCGAACAGUGAGGUUCCCACUCUCAUUUUCAUCAGGGAAAAGGGAUUUGGAAGAAGAAGUAGAAAAGAGAAUAAAGUUAGUUGGAAAUUCGUCGAUCAGGUAUGAAGAUGAAGAGAAAGAUUUUAUAUUGAUAACUUGUGAUUCGGACUUGCACUAUGCAAUGCACACAUUAAGAUCAUUAGGUAGGACCAUCAUAAAGAUGUUGGUGGAGAUUGAACCUGACUACAAUCACAUAAUUGACUCCUGUUAAAGUCUCAUCGCCGCCCAUAAACAAAAACAACUUCCACGUGUUUGGUUCAUAAAAGAAUCAAGUCCGCACGUGAAGUGGCAUGUUUGAAUACAAAGCAAAUCUGUCAAGAAAAGUGGAAGUACUAAUUCAAGAAGCUCCACAAUACUUUUACUGAUCAACAUGAAGCUGAUACAAAAGAAUUUACAACUUAUAACACAAUUGAAGGAACAAAUCAGGAAAAGCAUAAAGCAACUGAUCAUAGGCCUAUUGAGGGAAAGAAAGUGGAAAAUUCUCAACUAGAGGAGCAAAACAAUGCACGUUGAAGAAACCAGGAAUACCAAAACCAUAUAAUGAAGUUGCAGCAAAAGCCAUUGAUCAUCUAAGUACUAAUCGGGAUACAGAAAAACAUGACGGUCAUGAGCGUGCAGCGAGUGAGACAUCAGUAAUGGCUACACUGAAUUUGUUACAAGGGAAGAACAAUGUGGGAAUUAGUAUGAGCAAAGAUAGAGGAAUUAGCUGGUGUGCUAAAACCAGUUGGAGAAAAAGCUGUUUUGUUCUAGAGAAACAGCAAUUUGGUUGACAAAAGGAUUAAUGAAUCUUCAAAACCAAGCUGAGGAAGCUAAGAGUGCAUAGGUUUCUUGAAAAUUUUCUUGUAAAAUGUAAGCAUUUGAUUCUUUUUUUUGAAUUGAUCUUGAAUUAAUGCUUGUAGAUAAAAGCUUAAAAACAGAUGAAAAGUUCAAAGGAAAUACUCUUAGGGGUCAUUUGUUUUGAAGACAACUUAUGCUGAGAUUAGUUAUCUUGAUAUUAUUUCUUA